CCAUAACCCAUUUAGAAAACCCAACAAAGAGCAUUUUCAUGUUCCGAUUGAAAUCGAACUCCAGCUUAACAAGCAACUAAAUUUUGCCAAUGGCCAUAGCAAUCCAAGAAUUUCCGUUACUGUUUAUGGCAUUUUUUCUCUACUCUGCAUUUUCCCAUGAGUGACACAGUUAUGCAGUUGAAUUGUUCAUAAUUUCAAGAAAAACAGGUUGAAAAUAGAAACAGAAUAAUGAUGUCCCCAAAUCAAAUCCCUGAUAAUCGAGGCACUUCUCGUUCUGCUACUUUCAGGCAAACUCCCCUGCAAAUCAUCCACAUUAUUGGUAACCUCCUGCGGAUUUGGUCAGUUUACUCUAUGUACCGUUACUUAUCUCAAUCAGGGGCAUCGGUGGUUUUGUUCAUCUUCAGCUGUCUUGUUCCAGCAUCCAUUUUGUUUUUACUUCUGCAAAAACCUUGGAAGGGAAGACCUCUUUCAAAUACUCAGGUAGUGCCUUCUGUGAUAAAUGGUGGUAUAACAGCCCUAUACUUCAUCUUGUGGGGAAAGGGGCUUAAAUCUUGUGGUCCUCUCAGGGCCAUAUUGGCUGAGUAUUCUGGUGCUGUUCUUGGAGUAUUAUCUGGAGUCUUAUAUGGGAGGAGAGGCAAUGUGUGGAAAAAGGUGGGUGGCCUCUUGGCAAUGUUGGCAUCUUUCUACUUCUUAUCUCAAGGAUGGGCCAUGUCCACACAGUCUCCAUUACCAUUUAGUGAUAAUCAAGAGGCAGAGGUCCAGUCAGCUGAUGUUUUAGGAAUCAAAGAGAUGCUAAUUCCCAUCUUUGCUGGAAUUUUAUCAGCAUUAAGAAGAGUGAUUGCAAGACGUGUCUCACUUAAGAAUCAACUCAAAAGGAGGCUUAAUGCCAUAACUAUUUCUUCUGCUACCUGUUUUCUGUUCCCUGUUGCCAUGUGGGAUAUGAUCAUUGGAUCAGCUGAUGUAGAAUUGCCAUUUUCUGUAUGGGCCUUUUCGAGCUUUAUUCUUUUCGGUAUUAUUUUGAUAUUUUAUGUGGACAGUAUAGCAGAGGAAAGACUGCAUAUGGUCUUCUCAUCUCCUAGACAUUUAAGUGUCGCUGGAGGAUGCAUCAUUGUCAUGGAGAUUGUCUACAAGAUGGAUUUCUCCCUACCUGGCUUUCUACUCUGCGCUGCCAUUUUGAGCUUUGGAAUUCAUGAAGCCACUUCAUUGGACCGUAACAGAAAAGACUCCUUGCAAAGUUCAGAACCAGAAGGAGCUUAUGACGACCAAAUCCAGAUGUCAGCACUUCCAACUUGAAACUAACUAGAAUUGCACAAACUCUUGGUCUGCUAAUGCUGUUAGAUUGUGCGGGACCCCAAAGAUAUUUUUGGCUAAAGAAUGAGAUGACCAACACGUCUGGUUUACGUGCCUGUAAUGGCUGUGAGACACUUAGUUUUUGGUCCACGAUGUAUUUUUGAGCCGAUGAAGAUUAAAUGGAAAUGAAGAUACCAAGCUCGUCAUAUGGUUUCUUUGUAUUUGGCUUCUGGACAAAUCAUGAUUAGCUCAAUAUUAGGUCAUUUUUGGAUUUCGCAGCCGUAGGUACUUUGGGAAUGGUAUUGUAAAGACUAAUGUUGUGACCUCAAAACUUUCUGGUCGAUUGAAUUCUAUAAAUUCUCCAACCAGGGGCAGUUUUUCUAAAUCUCCUGGGCUAUGUUUGAUUGGGAAGAUUAGACAAGAUUAUGGGCUUAAUCUGGGCUUAGUCUUACAUUUGUUUUCCAUGACUGCGGCCCGCCCGACUAGAUGAGACCCGCGACCCAAAUGGAAUUAUCUUGAGUAUUGCCGAUUAUUUGAUCUCGGCUCGAGGGUGAGAUUGCUUUUCAUCUGUACAGUAUUUAUAUGACCAAACUACCAAAUUACCCCCAUAAAGUAAAUAAUUUUCCUCAAUUACCCUUACAACUCUUCAAAUUUACCUUCAAAAAAGGCAUUAAAUCGCACAAAGUUUUCCAGACUUCUCUUUCUACAUUGUAAAUCACUGUGCCCAUGUAAAUUGAAUCUCAAACAUCAAAUUGUUGAUUAAAAAUUAUUCCAAGUUAUGGGUAUCUCGUUGAGGUCUCCAAAUCUAGCAAGUGGUUCACCCGCGCAAACUCGUAUCCCGUCGACGGCGAGAGGAGAUGGAUGAGUUGGUGGGCGUGGUGGUGGACGCAAAUAGGUUGAGGAGGAGCGUCUUGGCCGACGUCGUGAGCGCCAUCACCGUGUAUCGGGCGGUGUUGUUCUUGGAGGCGAUGGCGGAGACAUGAUGCAAAAUUGGUGAAGGGUUUGAGGAGUGCGAGAAGGUUUUAAAUUUAUGAAGAUUUGGGGUUUCUUGAUUUGAGAAUUGGAAUUAGGGGCAAAUUUUGUUUUUUUAUUUGAGGAAUUUUUUUAUAACCAACGGUGAAUCUGAUUACAGAUUGAGGCUAAGGCUUAUGAAGAUUAUUUUUUAUUUCAUUCUUUUGCUAAAUUGUUGUGUCAAAUUGUACAUAAUCUUUGUUUUUGCCAAAUGAAUGUAAGGGUAAAAAUGUACAUUUAUAAUUGUAUCACAUGU